UGUCCGGAAGUGUUUUCCUAGACAGCAAAACACUAGCUUUUUGGAUAUUUUCCAUGAAUUGUUUCCAAUUUCACAUUAUUGUCUUCUAACAUUUAAAUGCUGUAGUCCUCCGUGUGUUGCACGCGCAGAUUAUGAGAGCGACGUUCGGAGGGGGGAAGCACAGAGUGAACUGAGUCUUCGUGAGUCAUCUAUAUGGGCCAUCUUCUCUCCAAAAAUGGUAACCGCCUGAAAAAGAGGACACACAAGCUUCACCACCGUAAGAAGAAGAAGAGGAACUGCUUCCUGCAGGGGCCGUGCAUGCUCUGCUUUAUCGUCCACAGCAGCCACGAGGGCACUGACGACGACAACGACCAGUCAGAGGCCGCCAUCUCUAACGGCGGAAUUGGAGGACGUUGUCAUAGCAACGCCAGCGGUGUUGGAAUCGGAGUGGCCACCGCCUCGAAGCUCGCAGGACGAUACGUUGCUCUUACUUCCCCUGAGGACUGUGCCAAGUUCCUGCUGUCGCCACGGGAUCUGGCCAUUUGGGAGGGCCAAGGGAGGAGUCUGCUGUCAGUUGUGCCGGCUAAGCUGAUCCCGCCACCGGUGUUGUUCCGGAGUGCCGGGGUUCCAGUGCCAGUGGCUUUAGCCGUUUCUGUGCCUGUUAGUGCGAGUGACUAUACCGACAUGGUGUGUAAGAGGAAGUGCGCUGAGUUGCAGAGGUGCACCCCCUGCAAGCAGCCGCGAUGUGCCUUCCCCGUCUCUGAGGGAGCGACGGACAAUGGAGUGGCAGGAGGUGGAGGAAGUGGGGAACCCUCUUCGAACUCGGCGUCCGGCCACUGCCACCUCCACUUCUGUCCCCUGCCCUCCUCCUCUUCCUCCUCCUCAUCCGCCGAGGGCUGCUGUGGGACGGCUCAACACAGCGAUUUGCUGGCCCAGUGUUCUGACGCUCCUCCCUGCUGUCCACAUCCCCAUGAUGACUGCCAGGGGAGAGGCUGUGACUUGAUGGACACUUCGAGCAUCAACCGGCUUCCCUCCUCCAUACUGCUCAAGGUGUUCUCCCAUCUGUCAGUGAAGGAACGCUGUCUGUGUGUUUCAUUGGUCUGUAAGUACUGGAGGGACCUCUGCUUAGACUUCCAGUUCUGGAAGCAAAUAGACCUCAGUGGCCUACAGCAAGUUAAUGAUGAACUCCUGGUGAAGAUAGCGUCUCGGAGGCAGAAUGUGAAGGAGCUGAACAUCUCAGACUGUCGUGGUGUGCAGGACCACGGUGUGUGUUCCCUGGCCUCCCACAGCCCGGGCCUCCAGAGGUACACUGCCUACCGGUGUAAACAGCUGAGCGACCUGUCCCUCAACACUCUGGCCUUACACUGCCCUCUGCUGGCCAAGGUUCAUGUUGGCAACCAGGACAAGCUGACGGACCAGGCACUUAAAAAGCUGGGAGAGCACUGUUCAGAGCUGAAGGAUAUCCACCUGGGUCAGUGUUACAGUAUUACUGAUGAGGGCAUGGUGGCCCUGGCCAAGGGAUGUCCCAAGCUGCAGAGAAUCUACAUGCAGGAAAACAAACUGGUGACUGAUAAGUCGGUGAGGGCGUUCGCCGAGCACUGCCCAGAGUUGCAGUUUGUGGGCUUCAUGGGCUGUUCCGUGACAUCCAUGGGAGUCAUCCAUCUUACUGGGCUGAGUCACCUGAGCAGCCUGGACUUGCGGCACAUCAUGGAGCUCAACAACGAGACGGUCAUGGAGGUGGUGCGCAAGUGUAGGAAACUCAGCUCGCUCAACCUCUGCCUCAACUGGAGCAUCAACGACAGGUGCGUUGAGAUCAUUGCUAAGGAGGGGAGGAGUCUCAAAGAACUAUACCUGGUCUCCUGCAAGAUCACAGACCAUGCUCUGAAGGCCAUUGGCCAGUACAGCAGCACCAUUGAGACGGUGGAUGCAGGCUGGUGUAAGGAGAUCACGGACCAGGGAGCCACACAGAUCGCCCAGAGCAGCAAGUCCCUGCGAUACCUUGGCCUCAUGAGGUGUGACAAGGUUAACGAGGAGACAGUGGAGAGGCUGGUGGUCCAGUACCCUCACAUAGUGUUCAGCACCGUGAUGCAGGACUGCAAGAGGACCCUGGAGAGAGCCUACCAGAUGGGCUGGAGCCCCAACACUUCCAACGCCUCAUAGCCUCUGGACUGCACUCACGCGCACGCACGCACACACACACACACCCACACAGACACGCAGGCAUAUGCAUGUGCACACACACUUGACAUAUAGGCGCUGUGCACAGUCAAAGUGGAAACAUGCCACAUGGUCAAGCAUGUUUACUUCACACCUAUAGGACCACCAAACCAUGCAUGCAGACACACUACACACAGUGGAAACACACACACACUACAGACACACACACAGCAAAAACACACACACACAGAGUACAAACACGCACAGUUAAAAUACACCAACAGAGUAAAACACACACCCACACAGUACUAACAAACGUGUUUAGCAGAUCUUUUUUGAUAUGUUUUGUUUUAUCAUUUUUAUCGAUGCCCCUCUUCUGGAUUCCAUUUUAGUUGAGUCACAAGUCAUACUGUGCAUCACUGUUACUUUCACAAACGUUGUCCUUUGGUAUGGAACUCUAUUUUCCAUAGCACGCUUCUCACCAGAGCCCUGUUGUUUUCCGACGUGACUCUACUCUGAAGCAGUGCUUCAACACAUGAUGACAAGGUGUGGUUUCAGGGUUCCGACACCAUGCUUGAGAACACCAAUCGGAUACGGAACGGCGACGGACAACAACGGACGUGUGAAUAUGUUUGGAACAUUAUCCCCUGGUUUUGGUCACCAUUAGGGUUACUUUGACAUCAGCGUUUCCUCCCGGGUGGCGUUUCUAGCGUUCGGGUCGGAUGUGAAGCACGGCAUCAGGUCACGUAUCACCAGGGUCCUGAGGCUUUCUCCGACAGUGUGACCUGAUCAGAAACAACUCCAGGUCCCGGAUUAAAGUCACCCAAUAAGGAGUCCACGGUUUUUCCUGGUCAACUCACAUGGUCUGGGAAAACUCCUGGCCUACUAAUGAGCUUGUUUGGAAUAGAUCAGAGCCCCAUCUGACGGUCCAAAAGGUUCCAGUGGACACAUUGGUUCUGAUGAGAGAUCCGAGUACAGAUUCGGAGUCUGCAUAGCAGACCUGCAAGGAAAUGCUGCUCCAGGUUAAGAGUGUCAAAUGCAUAUUUCCUUCUCAAAUCUCUAGUUUUCCGUCUCAUCUGGGGAACUGCCUACACCGUUGGGCAGAGCAGAGUCGGAGUUGUCGAUUUGUGCGCUGCAGGUUUGCUUGAACACCACCCCUGACCGUUGUGACUCUCAGGAUUUGCCUUUGUGACCUAGGAUCAGACGACCCCACCUCUGACUCCUAGAUGCGUUAGUACCUGACCUUGGACCCAGGGGUCAAGGGUAACGCCCACCUGCUCUGGACGGCUACGGGCCUUUCUCACGAGUCGACUCUCACCGCGGAUGUACGAGAGACACUCUACAUGAAUGCAUUCUUGUAAAACACUAUGGGGUUCCGUUAACGGACCCACCUGAAGAUAGUCACUUCAGCUAUUUAGACGAAAAGAUUAUCUUGAUGAUCUGCAUAGUUGUUAUUUGUUCAAAAGAAAAGGAUGAAAUGAACGUAGAUUGGUCCCAGUUUGUAAUUUGAUUCUCUGAUAUGUUUUUGUUUUGUCUCGUUCUCUCUCUUUAAUAUGUUGCAUACUGUACCAUUAGGAUGGUAAUAAUCAAUGGUUUGGUUUACUCUGUAAUAUAACUUUAGUGAUUUACACACCAUGUAUACUGUUCUAUAGGGUUCUACUUGACCCAGUACUGUCUUUGGAGCGUAUAUUAGUUUUGUAGCAUUGCAUUGAGAGUGUGACUAUGUGAGCAACUGGAUCUAAGAUUCUGACCCAGAACGUAUAAUCAUGCCCUUUUGAAUCUCACUCUCUCUCCUCUGACUCUCUCUAGUUCCUCAUCAGUUCAUCAACAAUUCAAGGGUAUGCUAAAUAUGUAAAUAACAGGGUCUUUUUCUAUGGGGUGAACCAGCUGGCCUCUGUUUAUUUUAAAUUUUUUAAUACACUAUGUUACUCUACUGUGUAAACUAGUUCUUCGCUGAGCUUCAGGUUUGGAGUAGCACUGCAAUAUAUCACAGAAACAUUCAAAAUUGACAAAAUGGAGAACACAUCCGUUUUGCCCUCAUCAGGACUUGUAGACCUACAGAUUGAGUCCUAGUUUCCACCUCCUGUUUAUUUGUAAUCCUGACAUGCACUUUCCUUUUCUCUGCUUGAUGUUGGCACUCCUGAUCCCUGAUUUGUUAAGGCAACCGUAAACCACUGGAUUUACAUACAGAUGAAUAGAACACUACUACUUAAAACUCCUCUCCCUCUCUCUCUCCAUCUCUCCCUCUCUCUCCAUCUCUCUCUCUCUCUUUCUCCACCUCCCUCUCUCCCCCUCUCUCUCUCUCUGUCUUUGGUGUUUUGUUUUACUCUGUGUAUUUGAUUGAAGAGACAGACAUUAAAACUGUCAUUUGAAAAUAAUUUGUACUGAUGCUACAUGAAUUGUUCUCCUCCUCAUCAAUUUGGACAAUAAAAUAAAACACACCCAG